GUUUUAAUAAGAGUUUAUUGCCGGCGAGAGUGAACUGUCGUCGUUGUAAAAUGGCUACCGGAAACUUAGCUUCUCGUCUUCAUCUCUUGAUCGAUCGCUGUGUUCGCCAAUACCCUGAAAGAGAUGUAACUUCGCCGACGAAGGAAACGGAGAAAGAUCUGCUUCUUUCUCUAUCUCAGGUGUUGAGAGAAAUUCAAUCUGGAGAGGAGACUGUUGUUGAUCAUGAUGAGACUGCUGAUGCUUUAUAUGGUCCAGAAUCUAAAGAGUAUAUAUGCUUAGAAAGACUUGUGGCUGAUCUUGUUGGUUUGUUGGGUAUGAAGAAUGUGCAUAUUAAACAUUUGGCUGGCAACAUUCUUGUGGAAGUAUCCGAGUCUCUGGUAGAAUCUGAAAGUCAAUGGGAUGAGUUCAUUCGUUUGCUUUGUGAAUGUUUGCGCUUAGCAGUUAUCUACAGUUGCCCAAUUCCUGCUGUAUCUUCUGAAACUGGAUUUGGAAGUCAGGAUCAACCUUUCUUAGGGUCUGAUGCUCUUAAAUGUAAGCUGGAAAAGGCUAACUGGUCCACCGUGUCUGAUAUCUUUCGAAUUCUUCGUAAUAUAUUGAAGCGCUUGAGCCAAGAAGAAAAUGAGGAACUUCUUGAUUUAUACUUGGAAUCUGUGAACUCUACACUUGCAAAAGUUCCUUGGUCCCGAGUGGACACUGUGUUCUCUCAUCAGCAUGGUAGUGGUGAAAGAAAUUCCCAAGGUCAGAGUGGAACUCUCGGAAGCACUGCAAACUGUGAGGAAGCAACUGUAUUUCUUGGGAACUUUGUCCAGUUUCUCUGUUCCAUGGUUCAGCAUGUUCAUGUUGUAGAAGAUUCUGAUGAUUCUGAACCUUCACAUUUGAUACUCCAAAAAACCAUCGAGUUUGUUCCGGAUCUCCUUCGUUGGUGCCAACCAAAGUUAGAAAGUCAAAGUGGCUCUUGCAUGUCAAGAUACCUAGGUCACAAGUUACUGGUGUUGAUGAUCAGGCUUACUGAUAAGUCCAAUAUAAAAUGUACCAUUCUUCUUUCAUGGCUGCAAUAUUUGCAACGAGAUUCUCAAGGCUUUCUUCAACACACCCUAACAAAGUUUAAACCCGUUGAAGAUAAUUGUUUGGAGGGAUCACCAUUUUUUGUGAGUUUGUCUGAUAAGGAGGUCAAUGAGACGCAUUCUAAUCAUUUGCAUAGACUUUCUGUGUUCCUGUUCCUACGGUGCUCCUUCACUUUGCUUUAUUCAAGUAGACAUACCGAGAAGCAGUGUGAGUUUGAUUGUAGAAAGAAAGUGAUGGCAGAGAUGUUUAAAUGGAUUGAACGACAGAUUCCAGGCAAUACAUUUUCUGAUCACAGAAUAUAUAGCAAGAAGAGUGUUGAAUUUUCUGCAUCCUUCGUUCGGCUGUUCAUGCAUGAGGAUGAUCUAUUAUUUAAAGUCCUCCUGCAAUUGCUGUCUGUACCAUUGCAUAGACAGGAACUGCUUAGCGUGGAAGGGGGUUCACUUGAAGAUGAGGAACAAACCACUCUCUUCCGUCUAUCAUCCUUGUUCAAUCCUGUAACUCUAUUCUGUAUAUUUCUUUCAGAGCUGCAUUAUGAUCAUCAAGUACUUCUUGAUUACCUUAUCUCUAAAGAUAUCGGGGCUAGCUGCGCAGAGUACCUACUGAGAUGCUUGCGCGCAGUCUGUGAUUCAUGGACUCUAUUUGUGAAAUUCCCAUUUGAAGGGAGUAUAAAUGCUUCAUCUCCGAAGAGAAGAAAAGUUUUGCCUGAGACUUCUGAGGUUGAACAAAACUGGAGAUUACAUCCCCAGGCUUUUGAAGACGCAAAAGAUUGUCUGCUUUCGUUACAAAAUUCAGUUGUUAAGCUACAUCAGAAGAAACUGUUUCCAUACAACCCAGAGGCUCUUCUACGACGAUUGGCAAGGUUUCAAGAGCUCUGUCUAUCCCAUGAGUAAUUUAUCUCUGGUCAAAGGUAAAUCAGUUGUAUAUAUGGAUUCAAAGAACUGCUAUAUGAAAAUUGGCAUAUGCUUCAUUAUGAUUUGGCAACAGGUUCUGUUAUUCUUUAUUUUGGAAAAAUUACAACUCCCCAAGAGAUUUCCAUGUACUGACAAGAAGUUGUGGUGAUCCUUAGUUUGUGGGUCGCGGUAAUUAGGAAGUCAGAGUUAACAAAUUAAACCUCUCUGU